GGGUCAAAAGUUAGUUGAGCUCCCCUAUACCGUGAAAGGCAUGGAUGUGUCCUUCUCUGGGAUUCUGUCUCACAUAGAGGAUGUGGCUCACAGAAUGCUGUCUGCAGGAGAAUGCACUCCAGAGGACCUCUGCUUCUCUCUACAGGAGACCCUCUUUGCAAUGCUGGUAGAAAUCACUGAACGAGCCAUGGCGCACACCAGUUCCAGCGAGGCCUUAAUUGUGGGCGGCGUUGGCUGUAACGAGCGACUUCAAGAGAUGAUGGGCAUCAUGUGCAAAGAGAGAGGCGCUAAACUCUUUGCAACUGAUGAAAGGUUUUGCAUUGACAAUGGUGCCAUGAUCGCACAAGCUGGUUGGGAAAUGUUUCAGUCCGGCCAAAUCACAGCACUUGAAGAUUCGUGGAUUACGCAAAGGUAUCGUACAGAUGAAGUGGAGGUAACGUGGCGAGACUAAGGAUUUCUCUUUGCCUAAAAAUCUUUCCCAGUUUGGAAGCCAUGAAGUGAAUUCAGCUGGAAGGCUCAGUAGAUAUGCAUUUAAACACACACACAAACACUUGCCUUUUUGGCCUAAAAUAAAUGA